GUUAUUGUGGCAUAUGAUGCAAAGCAAAACACCUGGCAUUGUCCCUGCUCUAAAGCGAGACAAUCCUGUAUCCAUAAAGCUGUUGCUAAAUGGCGUCUGUUUGUAACAAAGAGGGAGCUUUUAGGAAGGUGAAGAGCACAGAGGAAGAGACACUUAAUCUUACAGAGAUCAGCACAGUCCAAUACGACAGCGACUCUAAAGAGGACAGUUAUCCACCAGAUGACAGAGAAAUUGCAAGGAUGCUUAAAUACCUCCUCAACAACAAAAAGAUCCCGGCAAAUAUACCCCAGGCUCUCAUAGAGCAGUCGAGAGAGGGGAGAAGAGACGACAGCUUUCCUAAGCACCUUAUCCCAAGAGAAAAAAAGUGUGUAGAAUGUGAAUACACACUCUGUGAACAUCUGAUAACAGCGAAAGGCAAGAUCCUGACAAGCACAGGUGUAGUUGAAGUGUUUUUAGGAUUAUCAACAUACAGGAAAUCAUGCCUGAACUGCGGCAUGAUUUACAGAUACCAGGAGUGGGAGGAGGGUAUCCACAACUUUGAUGACCACAUCAUCCUGUCUCUGCACUUGUGCCUGAUGGUCAGGAAUGCACUACAGACCCAUACAGCUAUCAGUAAAGUGAUAGAAAUUAUAGAGACAACGGAAAAGGUGUCCUUUCCAAACAAGGAAAGAAUUCUGCAGGCAUACCUCCACUUUGAGGCCCUAACCGACCAUGAGUACACGUACAGUUGUGUGUCAUGUGGAAACAACCCAGCAGUUGUUGUUAUGGACCUCCACAGAAAAGGCGUUUUCAAUAUGCCAGUGAGUGACAUCCCAAGCCCACCUGAAGGCUAUGAUGGUAAUGUUGACAUGGACCAUUUCUGGAAGACUGUGGCCACAGAAAUGCUCAGUCGGGGAUUAAUUCCAUAUGGACGGAAGAACCCUUUUGUUGUGCCCCCGAGCUAUCAUCACUGGGCCCCCUGGAUUGGCCCACACACCCGGAGGUCAAAUUCUGUGUUGAACACAGAAUUUGAAAAAUUGCAAAGCCCCAAAGCAGAUGGAGAUGAUAACUUUAAUGAUGACGAAAAAAUGAAUGAGGAGCGGCUCACAGAUGAGCUUGUGAACUUGAAGGUGAAUGUGAAUUAG